AUGGUCGUUGUAACUCUGUUUGGUUUAGCAAUACUGCACACGGCUGCAACAAAAUGCAUUGUCGGAGAUUGUAUGUUAGAAGCAAAUUCAAAAAUAAAAUGUGAAGAUAAUUUCUAUUUCGUUGAUGAUUUAAAUUAUUGGAAUGAUUUUUUUCGUGAUUUUUUCACUAGUUUUGAACAAAUCACUGAAGAAAUUACAAACUCGAAUGAAAACUAUAUAGAUAUAGAUCAAACUAUAGAUGUUGCGAGCUUCGUCGAUGAAUUACACGAUUUUCUGAAUUACUCUGUGCCUUGUGGUGUGCAAGGAAGGAGUGAAUGGUCGAGGUCCGAUGGCAAUAGUCGAGUUGUCGGUGGUACGGAUUCGAUGCCAGGUGAAUUCCCGUGGCAGAUAUCUUUGCAACUCGUCACCGGUGAGACGGCCAGACAUGUGUGUGGAGGAUCUGUAAUUAACGAAAACUGGGUGUUGACGGCAGCGCAUUGCGUAUACGGACUGUCGGAAAAAGUGCUUUCCGUGGUAGCUGGGAAAAACGACCUUUACACAGUCGAGAAUGGCGAUCAGAGAGUGAAUGUUGCAGACAUACAUUUAAACAGGUUCGACAAGAAACGGUUUUCCAGAGACAUAGCGUUGCUCAGGGUGUUUCCGGCGUUGGUGUUCGACGGCUUUCACGUGUCUCCGAUUUGUAUUCCAAGACCAGAAACGCAAUUUGAUAAUUCUUUAGCGCUGGUCACAGGAUGGGGACGAGUGUCCGAGAACGGCGAAUUCGCACACGUCUUGCAGAAAGUGCGAUUGCCCCUGAUCGCGGUAGACGAUUGUCUGAACUUGUACAACAACGCCGGUUACGGCGAUUACGUCAGUCAGUGUGUAGUCUGUGGCAGAGGAACGCCAGAAUACGAGGCGGACUCUUGUCAAGGUGAUUCCGGUGGUCCAUUAAUAUGUCUGGCUGAUGACAACCGUUUCUAUUUAUGCGGUAUCGUUAGUUGGGGACUCGGCUGUGCACAUCCGACCUAUCCUGGAGUCUAUACUGCAGUGUCUUGUUAUUCGGAUUGGAUAAGAGAUACGGUCACCUAUUAUCAACAACCCAACAACCCAUGGCGUACACGAUGACUUAAUCUUUUCACGAUUUAUUUUCUUCAUAAUAUUUAAUUAUGAUUAUUAUUAUUAUUUAUAAGUAUUCGUGCGUUU